UCUUAUUACCCCCUCAUUCAAUAUUUUCUCCACCGGCAGAUUGCUCUUUAUUGGCUGGCUGCUCCAGCGAGCGGGCUACGUAAUGAUGAUUGUUAUGAAAUGAAAAGCUGCAGUUUCGUCUUCUGAACAGACCUCCUCCUCCUCCUCCGAGACGAUCAUCAGUUGCCAUUUCUGCAAAUCCCGCCCCUGCAUCUCCAGUUGCAGCUGCAACAAUGCAGGCUGUUCAAGAAGAUACGGCGUCGGCGUCGGCUUCCCCGUCCUCUUCGAUGCUGAACCCAUCGAUUCUGCGGCUUAGAGAGCUGAAAAUGGGGAAAGCCGACGCCCUGUCAUUGUCUCCCAACGGGAGCAGCGAGGACAGCGACGGUAGCAAGCGAUCAGGAGGCGGAGGUGAUUCCUCUUUCCCCACCGUCAAGUUCUCUCCCCGUAAUGCUUCCUCCAAGUACGAUUUCGUCAAGGUCAAGGUGUGGCUGGGGGAUAAUUGCGAUCACUACUACGUCCUCUCCAGAUUUCUCCUCAGCAGGAUGCUGACUGUCACAAAGAUCCCCAAUCAUGUCGCCAUUAAAAUUGCUCUUGAGCUGAAGAAGCUGCUGAUAGACAAUAGCCUUCUGGAUGUCUCCCAGUCUGACUUGGAAGCAAAUCUGUUUAAGCUCAUGGAGCGAAGAGGUUAUGGAGAAGAGUACAUAAAUCGUUACAAGAUGAUGACCAGAUUUCACCAUCAAAGAGUUCCUUUGAUAAUUCUUGUAUGUGGAACUGCCUGUGUUGGAAAGUCUACAAUUGCGACUCAACUUGCACAGAGACUGAAUUUGCCAAAUGUCUUGCAGACGGAUAUGGUGUAUGAACUACUGCGGACAUCAACUGAUGCACCCUUGUCUUCCACUCCUGUUUGGGCACGGGACUUCAGCUCCUCUGAGGAGCUGAUAACUGAAUUUUGUCGAGAAUCCAGAGUAGUUCGCAAAGGUCUUGCUGGUGAUCUGAAGAAAGCAAUGAAAGAUGGUAAACCAAUUAUAAUUGAGGGAAUACAUCUGGAUCCAAGCAUCUAUUUAAUGGAUGAUGAGAACAAAUCACCCUCGAUUAUUCCAGAAAGGAUUAAAGACACAAAUUCUUUACCUGAUACAUCUGAUAAUUCUCCUCCAACUCAAACAGAAAAUAAUCCAAAUGCAUUAAGAAGUCAGUCUGAGAAUGACUGCUGUACUGUUCAAGAAACCUCGGUGGGGGUCCAGGAUGUCCAAGUGAAUAAAGUAUCCAAUGCACUGGAAUCUAUUGAUCUGGAUGGAAGGGUUGCUGAAAGUACAGGUGGAAGUGGAACUGCUGAAGACCCAGAGAAGGACAAAAGUACUCCCUCCAGGAAAGAAAAUGCUGGUGCUCAGCCAGUAAUUGUACCAAUAGUUCUAAAGAUGGCUGAAUUUGAUCAUAAGGCAUUACUGGAGGAAUGGAUUUCAACUCGCACCUUUUGUGAUAAUGGUCUUACCCAGGAUAAAGAUCGGUUAAUAAGCAACUUAAAAACUAUUCAGGACUAUCUGUGCUCUUUUAAGUCACAGCAGGGUAUGACAGUGGUAAAUAUAUCAGCAACAACUUUUCCACAGACUUUGGAUUGGCUGCACAGCUAUCUUCUUCAGUGCAUUGAGCAAGGUAUUUCGUCAGCAUCCAGUGAGAACAGUGCACAACCGCAAGAAGAAUAGUGAUGGGCAGGCAGAUCAUUGGCAGGAGCACACAUGGCGCUCAGAUAUUGUUUCUGGGUCAGCAAAAGUUGGGAGAUCAUGAUUUAUAUAUAAUGGGCUUUGUUUAGGAAAUUGGUGUCAUUGGGUACGAAUGCCUGUAUGCUGAUCUGAAGAUUCCCAUCAUUGCACUGAUUUAGUAGUCAUGGAUAUGCUGCGACAUAUAUAUAAGUGAAGCUGGGGUAGUGGUAGGAAGAUGCUCUCAUGAUAUAAGAUUAUUGGAGGUAUGCCAUUUAUUAUUUGUCCGUCUUUUGUAGCUAUGAGCGUUUUGUUGUGGGGAGCGCUUCCAAUACCUCAGUGGCAUUUUAUUUAUCGUGUUGUAAGCAAAAGGUCUGUGGUUGUAAUAAUGUGAACAGAAAAUCUUCACCGCCAAUAAAAUAUGGGGUGAGAGAAUGAGGUGGCACAAGAGUUGGUACUAUCUCUUGGUUGCCCCACGUUCCGCUUCUCCUUAGACGAUUCCUUUUUUAGCGUUA